UAUGUGAAGAGGUGAGUUCCAGUUUAGUUCGCAAUACGAGUACGAGCAACAAUUUUACUUAGAGUUGAGUGUCACGCAUACGUCAUGUAUGCCAAAAAAAUUUAUAUAAAUAUGACGAAAAAAAAAAUAAAUAAAUAAAUAUAUAUGAAAACGAAAAAUUUGUCAUUUAGAUACAGUUUAAGAACUCAAAUUGAUUAAAAUCGAAUUAUCAAAAAAUUAAAAGUCACAACAACUUGUCAGAUGAGUCAAAUUCCUUGUAAAAAUCCCACCGCUAGUGGGAGACACAAAAAUAAUACCAUGCAAAAUUUGAACAUAUGUCCGCAAGUUCGUGGACGCUCUCGUAACCGCCAAUUCCGUUUGAUAUCCACGUCAGAUGCACUUGAAACUGGAAACGAUAUAUCUCCAGGUCCACCAGCCAUUCUUAAUAUUGUAGUGCCCAGACAUAUAAGUAGUGAAACGUCGGUUAUUAGUUCUCGAAUAAACGUCGAAUCAUUGAAUGUAGUCUCAAAUUCGUCAAUGCCUUCAAGGACGUUAGACCAUAAUGAAUUUGAUGAUGAACCACAUUUUUCGGAAUUAGAUUCAUGGAUGGAUCAAAAGCAUUCAACAAUUAAGCCGUCAACAAAAAAGUGUCAGCCAACAGAAAAAUUGUGUCAUAAGGUGAAAAGCGCUGAAACUGUGCGACCGAUGAAAUCCAGCCAGCCAUGCAAACCACCGCAAUAUGAUGUAAACUGCUUGCAGCAACGACUAGUUAAAUAUCGUGCCGAAAUGAAGGGUUGUGGGGAUGCAGCAAAACUAAAUGGACAAUUGAAUGAGAUAUUUGUGCAACGCUUGGUCGAUAUUGAAAAUGUGGCGAAAGACGAUACGGAUAUUAAGCUUGUAACUUAUCAGGAGUGGGUGGAUAUGCUAAUGCAAAUUAAUGAGGUGAUAAUUGGCAAUAUGGUAGAUCUGGAAAGCGAAGUAGCAGAAAGGCUGGAGUGCAUGAAGAGUCGGAUUAAAUCGACUUGCAGCGAAGGAAGUAGUAUUGAGCAGAAAUAUCGUCAGGAUAUUUGUUCGCUAAUGAAGCUUAUAAAAAAUGCAUAUCACCAUGAUAACUGGGACAUUCAAGGACUUGAAUUCCACACUGUCAAUCUAAAUGAGAUUUUGGGUGCCAAAAAUGCAACUUGUUCGGACCCUGAACGUGCAAAUAACUUGAGGGAUCCGUUCGAAGAUGAUCAGGACUCAUGCAAUAGGUGUUGUGUUAAUGAUCCGGAAUAUGAAUUAGAAAAUGUUACUUUUGAACCGCCUGAUGUACGGUGUGGCCAUACAAGUCGAACUACUAAUAUGACGGGCAACGUCGGCAGUUACGUUGAUGCUUGCGAUCAGAAGUGCGUAGAAGAUAUUACUUGCAAAGCCAGCUGUAAUACGAUUACGGCUAAAGAACCAACAUGUUCUAUUACAGAAAUCUUACAAGAUUACUCUUUGGACCCACGGAGCAAGAAAUCUAUUAUACAAGAAGAAAACACGAAUUUACGUGCUCUUGCUGUAGAGGUCGCUGCCAAGCAUGAUGAGAUCUGUGAUUUAAAACGGCAAAUUUCCUGUCUGGAGGAGGAGAUACAAAAGGCGCAACAAAAGAUUCAGCUUAAAGAUAAUGUUAUAAAAGAGUUACGAAACGAUUUGAAAUGUGCCAAUACCAAGCUAACACAGAACGCUUCAAAUAUUUGUGUUGCAUGCGGCGGUGAGUCGACCUUUUACAGUAUGCCACCGAUUAAUUUGGAGCAACAGUCAUCAAGAAGCGCUUCAACACAGGUCUCUGCUGGUCCGGAUUCAUCCAAUCAGUUUCCAUGCCUUACUGAAGACUAUUCAUAUGACUAUUUGAGUAAUGCCGGUCAACUGGAACAACAAAAGCUAAAGGACCUCGAUGCUGAGUUAAAUGAGCUUUUUCGAGUUACUAACGAUUUUAAAAACCAAAAUCUGGAGUAUCAUCGGAAGCGGUUGUCGGAUAUUUUCCAAAAAUCAGAAGCAGAAAAAGCGGAAGCCUAUCGAAAGUUGGAUUUUAUUCGCAAACAACUUGUCAACCUCGAAGUUUCAAGCGGGCAACCAUCAAAACAUUCAACCAAUGAUUCUGAUUCAGGUUUUAGCUCCAAAGUUGACGGUAAUCAGGAUGCAAAGAUUUUAAAUGGCCUGCGCGAGCAUCUACGUCGACUAAAUGAUACGAUUUUCGACUUGAAAAAUUGUAUACAAAAUCUUAAAAUCGAAAACAAUGAACUUUCCACGUGUUUGGAAACAGAAAAGGACUUUGCGCAGCGGAACAGUGAUACGUUAAAGGAUAUAGCAGAUAUGCUUUCUGGAAUGUCAGGCGAGCAUUUUUCCUACAACGAUAUGUAUGACAGGAAUUCUGAGUUAAAUCCUUUCUGCCAAGCAAUCAUACGAAUGAAAUGUAACUCUGAAAACAAAGAACGAACACUUCGAAAACGUUUAUCAAUGAAAUGCGAACAACUUGAACUGCAGAAAUCGGAGAUGUGUAAUGAAAACGAAUUGAAGCAAUUGCAUAGCAGCACCAAAUUGAACGAGAAUCUUCGCUGCCAAGUACAGCAUUUGCAACGUACCAUUUUGGAGAAAGAGCAAUGCAUUGGAAAACUGAAUAGUAUGCUGGAUCAGGUGCAAUGUGAACAACAGCAACAACAUCAUCAAGCCAAAGAAUGUUGCCUGCACGCUAAGGACAAGGAGUUACUUGAGAUGUGUCAGAAGUUGGAACAGGCUAAUAAAAAGGUAGAGUCACUAAUGUGUGAACUAGAGCAGAGCCAGAAGCAGGAGCGUUUUUUACUUUGCGAGACUCGAAAGCUUAACGAAGAAUUGAAUGAGAGUAAAAGAAAACACAGUGAUCUUAAUAUGCAAAUGCACCGACUAAAUACAUUACUGAAGUCUCAAGAUUCCUGCCGAACCGAUAUUUGCAAAAAAUAUGAGGAACUGGAACGAAAUUAUGAGGACCAGGCGAAACAGUUGCGAGCCGCAUGUGCUCAAAUGAAUUGCCUACAAGAGCGUCUUGGGCUAUUGGACAAACGUCAGGAGGAGCACAAUAUGGAGCGUAAUCUGUUAAGGGACGAAGUGCUGGCCUUGAAAGAAAAGGAAGCUGCGUUGCUGAGCAAACAAAGAUGUCUUACGGAGCAAUUAAUGAAGACUGAAAAGGAACUAUACACGGCACACAACGUAAUGAAGGAGCAGCAACAAAUCAUGCAGCGGAGUGAGUCUACGCAAAAAGAUUUCACAAAGCGACUUCAAGAAGCAAACAAUGAGCUAAAGAGGCAAUUCAAAGUACUCUGCGAUGACUAUGCAGAGCUUGAGGAUGAAUACAAGAAACAAUGCGAUCUUCGCAAGCAAAAUGAAAAAGUUAUUGAAUCAUUUCGCAAGUGGAAGGAAGCGCAAUUGAAAGCAGAUGACGCGACCCGUGCGAGUUUCAAACAGUAUGAGGAACACAUAAAACUGUUGCUGGAAGAAAAACAAAAAUUCUUAAGACAAUAUCACGAUCUGUAUAGAGACUAUUCUACAUUGCAGAAUGAAUUGGAAAGAAUAAAAAUGUGCACGUACAGUUUCAGCAAUCCCGAACCGACAUCGAAUAUUUCGGAAAAUUCGAUACCGCAGCGCCUAGGGCUCAUCCGUAGCACAUCACUUCGCGUUUCACAGCAGAGCAGCUCUUUAAAGUGUGACGACACAUCGCUGGACGCGUCAGGGUCUAAUCCUCUGUGAGCUGAGCCGUUGUCAAGCAACAAAGUGCAUUAUCUGUGGUGCCUAUAUGGUAAAUGUGAAUGAUAACAGCGAGGGUUUCCACUUUUCUUGUAUCUCACCGGCGACUUAUCGUGUUUGUAGUUGCACAUCAGAGCGACAAUUCCGACGAAUGUGAAUCACAUGUACUAUAUCUACUAUAUACAUUUGAGUAUAUUAACUAGUUGUGUUCUGAGCUGAGUUUCUAACCAACCGUGCGUAUAUAUUUAUAUGUAUGUAUAUAUAUUAUUUUUGUUAUUAUAAAUAUGUAAUAUAAUAUAUAUAAUGAUAUA